UAAAUUUAGGUAAUAUAACACUUUUGUAUGAUUUUCUCACUAGAGGAAGUAGAUACGUUCUCAUAUAUUUGGCAAAAUGACAAACUAUAAUCAAAAGACUCCUUUAAAGCACAUUUUACUGUGACUCAUUUACAAUCCUCUACUCUCCAGUUUCUAAUUUUUUUUAAUCAGAAUAGCUGUCUAAUCAAUGAAGAGAAAAAACUGAAAAACCAACCACCUUGAACCCCCUAUAAAAACCCCUUCCAUGCUUGCUUAUAACAUCACCACCCUUUCUCCCUCCAUCUCUUUCUCUAGUGUGAGUGUCAGCAUUCAUUUUGAGUAUUUGCAAGAAAAGGUUAUGUAAGGUAUCGGUUCAUCUCUAUUAUCACAACACAAGCAAACAACAGGGGAAAAAGGAAAAUGAUGGCUGCAAGUCAGACCCGAAAGCGCCCGACCACGACAGAGGUAGUGGAGGAGCUGAAGAAAAUAUUAGAGAUAGGUUUUCCUAUAUUGGCUAUGGGCUUAUUGAGCUACUUGAAAAACCUGAUUUCAGUAGUGUGCAUGGGACGGCUAGGAAGCUUGGAACUGGCAAGUGGCGCAUUGGCCAUCGGUUUCACCAACAUCACAGGUUACUCUGUACUUUACGGCCUUUCCAUGGGGAUGGAGCCGCUUUGUAGCCAAGCUUUUGGAUCCAGAAACUUAGCCAUGGUGACCCAAACUCUCCAAAGAACAACCAUUUUGUUACUAUUUGCAUCUAUACCCAUUGGAGUUUUAUGGAUUGACCUAGAGCCUCUCAUGCUAUGGCUCCAUCAAGAACCACAGGUAGGACAUAUUGCAGGUAUCUACUCCCAGUUUGCAGUCCCCGAUCUUAUUGUCAAUAGCCUACUUCAUCCUCUACGUAUAUACUUACGAAGUAAAGGGACAACAUGGCCAUUGCUUUGGUGCACUUUGCUGUCUACACUUCUGCAUUUUCCCAUCACAAUCUUCUUAACUAUCAACCUUCGUCUUGGUAUCCAAGGAAUUGCAAUUUCCGCAUUUAUUACCAACCUUAACACCUUGUUCUUCCUUCUGAGCUAUAUUCUCUAUUCCCAUGAGAGCAAUGAGCCUUUGACUAACCUCCUAAUGCCAAGCUUUGAACAGCAUGAUUCCACUUCAUUAGGGGAGGAAUGGGGAAUGCUAAUUCGACUAGCAAUCCCUAGUUGUCUGGCUGUUUGUUUAGAAUGGUGGUGGUAUGAGUUCAUGACACUUCUAACAGGUUACCUCGACAAACCUCAUGUUACACUCGCAACAGCAGCUAUAGUAAUACAGACCACAUCUCUCAUGUACACACUACCUUCAGCACUCAGCGCAUCAAUUUCAACAAGAGUAGGCAAUGAACUUGGAGCUGGGAGACCUGAUAAAGCCCGUUUGGCAACUGCAGUAACUAUAGCACUAGCCUUUUCGACGUCAAUAUUUGGUUUUUUAUUGACUACCUUAGGGAGGAGAGCAUGGGGUAGCGUCUUCACUGAUGAUAGUGAAGUUCUUGAAGUAACAGUGGCUGUUCUGCCAAUUAUUGGACUUUGUGAGCUUGCCAAUUGUCCACAGACCGCUUGUUGUGGGGUUCUCCGAGGGACUGCUAGACCAAGUGUUGGUGCAGGCAUUAAUUUCUACUCUUUCUACUUGAUAGGAACACCUGUAGCAAUAGCUUUGGCCUUCAUCUGGAGAAUGGGGUUUUCAGGCCUUUCUUAUGGACUUUUAGCGGCUCAAGUGGUGUGUGCACUCUCAAUCUUAACAGUGAUAUAUAAAACAGAUUGGGACAAUGAGUCAUUAAGGGCAAAGGACUUGGUUGGAGAAAAAAAUGAUUUUGUAUAUGCAGAUUUAUUGGGAAAAUGUGAGGACGGAGAAGGAUUUCCCAAAGGGGGUAGUUUCUGAUAAAUUUACAUUAAAAAGUAGGAGGGUACAACUCAAGGAGUAAAGUCAGUACAAGAACGAGCAGGAACAAAGAGACACAAAGUUAUUGGAAAUUUUUCUUAAAAAGAUUGGACAAAAAAAAAGUGCGUUUUGCGCUUAAAGCGUUUUGACAAUCUAAUGCUGCCAAACUAUAUGAUAAUUUCUUUAAAAAUUGGCGUGUAUGUAACAUAUCUUUUAAUUUUUCUAUUUUAUGUUAUGCAGAUGUACAUUAGGUUUAUUUAUCUAGAAAAGAAGGUCCCACCAUAUGCCAAUUUAUGAUCAACACAUAGUUAUAUGUCCAACUCAUGUGUUUACCGUGUAAAACUUCCGUACAUAUAAUAUAUAAACCAUUUCACAUUUCAUUGA